GUGAUCGUCACCAUCACCACCGGACAAACAGUAAUGGCGGACAUGGAUCAUAAACUGCAGUCGUAAUGGAAUGAAAUUAUGAAAGGAUGAGCCAGCUGUAAAGAGUCCCGCAAAUUUCGUGAUUUUUUUUGCAAUUUUAGUCUUCCAAAGGGUGAUUGCCAACAAAUGAAGAAUGAGUGGAGGACACACUCCCCUGGAUGGCAUAAUCUGUCAAGAUUCCAUGUCAUCUCAGGAACUCGAGGGCAGCUCCAAUGAAGACGGAGACAGCAACAACAUCGGAGAGAUCCCACAUCCAUCCAGCCCCCUCCCCCGAUCCAGCUCAAGCCUCACCGUAGAAAACCUCCGUCUUUUUGAGGAAGUGACAGAGCGAAGCGCGGCUGGGAGUCCCAUUGUUCUCCGCUCAGUUCAGGACUCGGUGCGGACUGCCUCGCCCCUUGGGCCAGUCAAAACUGGGCGGGCCUCUCCCGUCAGGGCAGACUCGCGACCCAGCAGCCAGGCUCGAGUGAACACCCCUCCAAGGAUUAGUGCAGAGUCCUUAAGAACUGGAAGCAGUAAGCCUCUACCACCGAUAGGAGGGGAGAAAGCUAACAAUGAUGGGGACGUUGAUCAGGAUGCAAAGAGCAGUUCAACAUCAACCGAUGGAAAAACUAUAAGCACUAAUGGCGACAGGCCAGAGACCAACUCAAGAUUAAGCCAGCCAAGAAUUCUGAGCUACAGACGAGAGCGUACCAGCCUCAAUGACGACACAGACAGAACCAUCCAAACAGCUGAGAGCGUGACAAGAUCCGAGCGAUCCGUGUCCUUCAAAGACGAGUCUGACACAAGAAGCCAAACAAAGUCUCCGGAAAAGGCUACCCGCAGUUCUGUCAAAUCGCCAGCCAUUACGGAAGUUGUCAAACGGAAGAAUCCGGAUGGCACAGAGCGCAUCGGCGUCUCCAUAGCGACAGAGACAGAAUGGAGCUGGCUGGAGAGUGUUGCGCUGGCCGGAAAGGGGGAAGUUGAGCUACAAGAAGCCGAUCAGACCAAGACGCCCCCAAGCAGCGGCUUCCCACGCAAGAGGAGGCAUCGGAAGGGUUCACAGUCCACUGUUGGUUACCACUCCGAGGGAUCUGAUGUCGAGAACGGAGGGUCCAAGUCCCGGGCGGAUAGUUUCUUUGAGGAGGACCAGAAUGAGGACAGCCAGUCGGAGUCAGAGUAUUCCGACGAUGAUGUUGCCCCCUUGCCUACCGACACCCUCAUUCCAAGCAUUGGCCCGCCACGCAUCAUCCAGUACCAGCGCGAGUCAGACAAAGCCGCCGCUUACCCAGAGAGCCCCAGCAAUCGCACCAACACAUCCGCGGGGCCCGGAAUGCAAAGAAUCCCACGGUUUGAUAGCUUCGGUGGCAGUAGAGUCAGUUACUCCUCGGAGAUGGACGAGGAGGACUUGAACGGGGUCUGCGAGUUCUGCCAGCAGGAGUUGAAGAGCUUCCCAACGCCAGAAAUGGCACAGACGAUGACACCGGAUGAAAUCUACUGCUGCGAGGACUACCAGCAGCUAGUAGAGUUCACCCUGACACACAGUCCUGAGGACAAGUACCCCGUGGACGAACUGAUCGACAUCCAGCCCCACGCCCCGUACGGCAGCAAACAAGCGCGAAGGGCGGCCAAGGAACGUGCGGCCGCACGCAUGAGAGACCGGGAGAUGGCUAGACAGAGGGCCGCGGGGGCAAACCAGGCCAACUUCUAUGCCUCCCAUCGCUUAGAAAUCCUGGAUGGAGUUGCACGGCAGAUGAAAACCAUCAACUACCAGCUGUCCUCUCAGAAGUGCCUGGACGAGGGAUGGACAGUCCGACCUCCAACCCCUAAGGAUGAUGAUGGUGGUCCACCGGUAGUCUUCCAACCGGAACCAGUUAUUCCUCCUCCUAUCAUGUCCCAGGCAAGGCAGGGUAUUCGGGACCCUAAGACCGUCCAGAAGUUCUACGACAACGGCAAGCUCUUUAUGCUUAUGUUUCCCGACGGCACUGGCAAUGUCUUCUACCCUUCAGGGAACAUAGCCAUCUUGAUAACAUCAGUGGAGAAGGGUCAGUAUGCAUACCUUGUCUACGAGGACAUACAGAACAACGCCCCGCUCCUGGCCAUGUUUGAACCUAACGGCUGUUCCACUUGCUACCACUCCAACGGCAACAUAAGGAUGAGCCUGGACCAGUACGGUGGCGUCUUCACCGACAGCAAGGGUGCCGUCAAGAAGAAGUGGUCAUGGAAGGACCAGGUGACCCACGUCCACGCUCCGCCAUUCCAACCCAUCUGCUUUGCCAUCAAUAAAGUCUUCAGCGUGCGCUGCAUGGCUCAGGAUCAAGUCUACCUGGCCUUCAACUGCAGCCUGCAGAGCAUUCGCUUCAACGUCGGGGUCAAGUUAAAGCUUGUUGCACCACAGUUGAUCCCAGAAGAGCCCAUUGACGACCAUGCCCUGUACAUGUCAGAGGUCAAGGCAUAUGUGGAACUGAUCUUAGACAAGAUGCACAACAUCCAAAAGUUCUCCAAGUCGCCCAAGCUGGAGAAUCUGAGACCGUCGCUGCGUCUUCAGCACGACAUCGUGCGCAACGAGCAGCUCAAGAACCGACGGGGGAGGAAGUACGUCACCACCAGCGGUGGGAAAGACGCGCCCGUUGUGACAGUCAAUUAAUACAAAAUCAUGUCGGUGCUCCAGCUGUGCUCAAUUAAUUUGUUGACACGCACUAUGCUGUAGAACAAACAAAAUAGGAUGUGAGAAACAAGUUGGCUGUGGCAUUUAGCUAAUAUGACCUUCCAUUUAUGUCCAAAUCAGUUUUAUCAAAUUUGUGUCCCAUUUUUUUUUGGACAUGAGUGCUAGAAUAGUUAGGCCUGGGGUUUCAAGUGUUUAAUAAUCAAAGGCAAUAUCAGAUAUCUGCACUUCAAGUUUGAUUUCACACUAUUCACCAUUUCAAUGGUAAUUUAAAAAGAGCCCCAAUUAUCAAUCAGUGUUUGUGCAAAUGAAACUUCAAUUUUACCCAAUCAGUUAUCCAUAUUGAAAAAGUUUUUUUUAAUUUUUUUUGGAGCUAGUCAAGUUCAUUUAGAUAAGCAUGGCAGUUGAAUCGAUGUGAAGCACACACCAAACGUAACAUGUUUGCUGCCCUCUAUCAACAUCUCUUGCAUUGUCAUCUUUCACAUGGUUGUUUUUUAUCUCAAAUCAUGCAUAGGUUUAAAUUUCAACUGUGGUCCUAUUAACUAAAUAGUUUGCUUUAAAAAAAAAAUAGCAAUCAGCUCACAAAGCUUACAAAUUCAAAACAGGAUCUACGGUCUAGAUUUCAUCCCGAAAGUUGGUACCGUAAACAUGUUUUUAGGGAACACAGCCUGUGUAGAAUUUUAAAAGGAAAAGUAACCAGUGCAAGAUGUUGAUAGGAGACUGUGCUGUAUAAACUUGGCAUUCUAGUAUUUCUUGACAUUCUAGUAUUUCUAGCCUAGAGCUAUAGGCUUUGUAACCGGUAUACAAAGUCUUGUAUUUCCUGCAAGUAAUUGCAAGUUUAUAAAAAGACGUUUGGAAAUCCCCGAAAUUGCCAGGACAAAUCAGUACUUUUUUAUAUUUGUCCAUUUGUUGUUUAAGUGCAGAUUUCGAAUGGUGCAUGUAGACCGGGACUCCAUUUACAUUAAGCUUGCAGAAGUUGGACUGGCUUAUCUGCGCGAUAAUGUCUACGGACUGGCUUUAGGCAAGCAGUAAUUGGACAUUUGUUGAUGUCUUCCCCCAUCCUGUUCCAACACAUAUUUUGUAAUAUUAUUUUACAAAGGAAUUUAAACAUUUACAUUUAGGUCAGAACAAAAUAAUUGGUUAACAGAUUUAAGUGUGAAUCAGUUUUGGGUUUUUUUUUUUUUUUUUUUUCAAUUCAUUGUUAUUGGUUUGGAAAAUUGUGAGAAUUAAGCUUCCUGAUAAAUCAUUUAAGAACCAAGUGAUCUUAUUGUAAUUAUGUUCAGUUUUUUAAACUGUGAAUAUACAAUUGUAAAUACCCUUUGUCUAAAAUUCAAAAAUUAAUUAUGGUAUAUUGAUUGUGCUUUGUAAAUAUAACAGUUUACAAUAAAUUGUUCUCGUCAUUUGAUUCUCUCA